CUCUAGAACCUUAAAGUUGUCGAAACCUAAGAGCGAGAAUUCCCCACCGACUCCUGAAAGAGAGUGAAGAAUUGCUGUGUUUCACGAUUUCGACACCAGUAAAUGCAACCGAUGCUCGGCCCAUACGUGAUUUUUGGGAGUAUUUGGAGUUGUUCUAGCGGUAGAGCUUUUGAGAAUUGAAUGCUGAUUCGUAUCUCGCUCCAAUUGCAGUCGUAGCUGAAGGAGGAUAAUAUGUGUAUUAUGGUAUAUUGAGAUUGUUUAAGGAGAUCGCUGUGGAGAGCGUUUUUUUUCUUUUUUCUUUUUUCUUUCCGAAAACCCUAAACCCUGGAAGGUUUUUCUGUUCUGUGCAUUUGUUCUGUCCUCCCUGUGUUCUUUCGCUGCUUCAGUAUCGUGCCAUGGAUUCAUCCCGGCAGCAGGCUCCCUACCAUGUGCGCAUGGACGCUGACGACGCCCUAAAGCUCGUCAAGCAAGGCGCUACCAUUCUCCUGCUGGGCGUUCCCCCCUCUACCUCCUUCGGCAUUGAUCAACAGAUGUUUGUUGUAGGACCGAAUUUUAAAGGCGUCAAGAUGAUGCCUCCAGGGCCGCACUUCAUUUACUAUAGUGCUGCAAGCCGGCACGGAUGUGACACUUCACCGAUCACAGGCUUCUUUCUACACGUCUCAUCUUCAGAGGUUAUUGUGAGGAUUUGGGAUCCGAAGCAGGAGCGCGUUGUCCACGUUCCAGAUGAAAACGAGGUGGAGCGGUAUGUACAUGGAGUCAAGAGCAUGGAUUUUGAUGCCAAUCUAGCACCCUACGACCUUCCUCAUCACGCCACCUGGUGUCACUUAUCCAAUUAUGUCACCCAGGCCGUCAUCGAGCGUCUCCAGCCUUUGGGUGGCGAUAUAUCGAUCAUGGCAGAAGCAACCUUGGUUGAAACGGGUCCUAUGACGCGAGCAGAGAAGAAGAUGUUUGAGCAUAUUGCUAAGCUGCGACAGAAAUUUCCAGAUAUGGCGGAGCCUAGAGAUAGUGAAGACAGUAAGCCUAGCAACAGCGGCCGAUGUUUCUUCACUAAUCUUCCUGGCCUAGUUAAACGGACUGGUAUGUCAACAUCAGAGUUAACAGCUUUGAACUUGGAUAAGAGUGAGCAGUUGGAAGUUGUAUUAAAGAAGUUCUAUGGAGGAGAAGAGGACCUCUUGUUAGGGGAGCUCCAGUUUGCGUUUAUUGGCUUCCUGAUGGGGCAAUCACUGGAAUCAUUUGGACAAUGGAAGGCCUUGGUCAGCUUUCUGUUUAGUUGCCACAAAGCACCAUUGCAAUCUCGUACCAGGUUAUUUGUCAAGUUCUUGGACGUCCUACAUUGGCAACUGAAGCAAGGUUUGAAGGGAGGUGUGUCUUCGGCACAAAGUCCUACAUUUGACGACAGCUGGUUUACCGAUGAUAGUUUCUUAAAAUAUCACUACAAGAAUUUCGUUCACCUCGUAAGAGAUGAGCACGCUAUCGACGGUGACCUUCUAAACAAGACUAAGAGACUGAGAAAAUUGGUGGAAUCAGUCUUGGGAUGGACCAUUGACGACGAUACAGAACUAGAUGAGGAUGAUGAGUAUGCCCCUGUGGUAGUCUCUGAGGAAGACGCUUCAAUCAAGCACUAUUAGUCAUAUCUGGACUAGAAUUUUAGCAUUGUAUAUGUACAGGCAGGGUUAUGUACGAGCAAGAUUAUUAUGAAACAGGUCGUCACUAUUUUGAAACAAUUUGAAGGAAACAAAGAUCUCAAGUUUAAAAUGCAGACAUUACUUAAGGAAUUGUUUCCUUUCCUUUCUACAUUAAUGAACUUUUUACUUCAGUUGAAUUUUGUCAUUAAUUUAAUUCUAGAGGAGUAAGGUUGUAGCUCCUCGGUUGAUGUGACAGUAUCACCUACUUCGCAACCAGAUGCAGUAAGCUUCUCUCAGGUUUGGCAUGGCUUCGGUUGAGUAGAGUUGGGGAAAAGUGUAAGAGGCUACCCGUGCCUUCCAAUCAAAGACUUUGGGUGACAGCAACUGUUUUCUUACUAAAUUAAACUAGGUUUCUCAAGUCUGACCCUGGAGCAUGCCAGCUGGACAGAUGAUUCUCAAAUCCACACAAGAGGUUCAAGCAUUAUGCUUCAUUAAAAUUUGUGCCACACCACCUUGCCAAGUGUUAAACUUGUGGGAAUAUGGUACUACACAGGCUAAAACAGAACAUGUUACUAUUAUGGAGGAAGACACAAGCCUUAUACCUUAUUUUGGUGAUAGUUUAAAUCUGAACUUUUAAUUAUUAUGAUGCUAUCAUGUACAAUUACUACCAUAUAUGAAAGUUGGGUGCACAGGUAGUUUGUCAUCUA